AUGUCGCCAUCUCCAACGACCCCGCGUCAGCCACCAAGGCUGCCCUCCGCCGACGUACACGCAUCGUCGCCGCGUCGUUCCUCGCCACCUAGAGAUAGCGCCUCCGCCGUCGUGCGCACUGCAGUGCCGUCGCCAGUCUCCAGAUUUGAAGAUACAGUCAGGAGGGGUUGCAAGACAUCGCUCCAGGCUUACAACAAAAUUUCCAACGAGUACAGCAAAGCCCACAACGAUGCUAACAUCGACGAUAUCCUGUCGCAGGACGUGCUUACUUUGUUGCGGGCGCUGCAAGCAGAGGUGGCGCAACCGCAGUCGGAAGCCGCCAAGCUCAAGGCCCGUCUUGCGCGGCGGUGGAAGACCAGCGUGGCCGACAUCGACGCAACUUUCAGCGCCACCACAUCCCAGCAUUUUCUGAAGCAUGUCUGUGCCAUUGCGCAGCUCAUCGAUUUGCGCACCGCCCUCCCGCUGCUGCAACAGGAGCGCGACCAGCGCCAAUCCGGUUCUGCGAGCCAUCGCGGCCUGAAACGUACACGCGACUGGACACCACAGGACGCCGAUCGCGUGUUGAAACGACUCCGAGAAGAGAAAGACACGGCUGUGGAUGAUGGCGAUGAAAACAGUGAGAGAGAGAUCGAGGGUGUGCGCCGCGCACAGGACCCGCUACCUGACGAUUUGGACGAGCUUAGCGACGAUGAUUUCUUCGCUCCUGAGUCACUGUCACCCUCGCCGUCACCGUCGCCCUCAGCGUCACCAUACAUCUUCGCCCCCCCGGAGUCCAAGCUUCUGCAAAACCACGCCCGAAAGAGGCGCCAUCUUUCUCCAAUCACCGAGGAGCCAACGCCGCUUCUCACGAGGUCCCUUCACUCUUCACAGUUCCUCCAGUCUCCACUGACCUUCGAGAAUCACCAUUCCACGGCCGAGCCUCCGCUCGCGACGCCCGGAUUGACGCAAAGCUCGCAAGACUCAGACAUACCAGACAACAAAAGCCCGCAGUUUCCGGUGGCCUCUGCUCCGCCUGACCGUCCUAUGGCAUCCGCGGUUGAAGAAGACGGUUCAGUACACGCUGUAGAUGUCGACGGACCUGCUGUGCUCUCCGACGACGAAGUACCCACUCUAGACAUCGACAGACCCGCCAUACUCUCCGACGACGAUAGGGCGCAUGCCCUUGCCAGCCUCCGCCCCAAGACCAAGCUGAACAGCGUCGCUGUCAACCAUGCGCUUGAAUUCGUCGUAGCUUCGCAACAGGAAUGGGCGUGGAUUGAUUCCAUGCACCCAGCUGGUCUGAGCGAUGAGCUCGCCCGCGAACAGAAUGCAAGCUCGUUCGUUCACGCUGUCCACCUUGCCCCCAGCCAUUGGGCGCUCGCCGUUGUCAAUUCGCUUACCAAGGACCUCUUCAUCCUGAACUCGUACCGUUCUCUGUCUCAAGCAGUCAUCCAGCAAGUCGAAGCAACCGUGGCCGAUAAACUCGACGUUUCGGAGCGUCUCUGCCCACAGCAACCCAACGACUACGACUGUGGUGUUUAUACGGUCGCAUUUGCCUUCUAUGCAGUCGCCGCUCGGCCUCUCCCUGGCACAAUAGCUUCAAGAUUCUGGAGGCGAUGCUUGGAGGUUCUCGUGUCCGGCAACGCUCCAGCUGAGGAUGACGGCGACUACGGCACCGUCUCCAUCCCAGCACUCACCAUUGGCGACAGUGGAUCCUUCUGUAAUGUCAUCCCUUUCUCCCCUAGUGCAGCCUUUGCUUACUCGCGCAGAUCCGAGAGUCUUUACAAACCCGAACUCGACAUUGCUAUAUGCAACACGAACACGCUGUUAACGAAUGCCAAGGACCUGGACGUCAUCCUCACCUACCUUGACCGCAAGUGCAUCAGCAUUGAUGAAAUCGUCCGUGAGAUAGACGGAAUCUCGGCGUCUCUCGAUGCAAUCACGACCUUGAACAGCAGCAGCAACUUCUCGGAUCGCCACAAUCGCCUCAAUGGGGAACUGAUCAUUGAAAAAAAUCAUCUCAUAACAACGAGGCGGCGCUGGAACCGAAAGCUCACCCGAGCGAGGGAUUUUAAGAACAAGAUCGGCCCACUUCGUUCCUGGGUGGCGCAUGUCAAAGAAAGAGAACGACGGAAACUGAUGGAACUCAAGGCAUCCCGUACUCAAGCGGCAGCGGCCUAA